AUGGUUCAGAACAGCAGCAGUGAGCAGCUGAUUCUCAGGACUGCUGACCACGUGACUGAGAGGCUGAAGAUGGCCACAGUGCAGCUACUGGUGUGGCUCUUCAUCUACAUUGAUGGCCUCAUGCUCACCGCCUUCUUCAGCAAGCAGGCGUUCCGGGGCAACAUGCGUUACGUCCUGUUCGCCCACACCCUGCUGGUGGACUCCAUCUUCCUGCUGCUCUCAGACCUGGCGGUGCUGCUGUCCCACUUCUACGUGCUGCCGCCUGUGGGUCUGUGCAUCCCGCUCUGCAUGGCCAUGGAGAUCGUCACCAACUGCACGCCUUUCACCAUCACCGCCAUGUGCUUGGAGCGCUAUGUGGCCAUCUGUAUGCCACUGAGACAUGCUGAGAUCUCCAGCACUGGCAGGACUAUUGUUGUUAUCAUCAUCAUCUUGGCCUUCAGCUCCCUCUAUCCCUUUAUUGACCUCUUCAUCCUCAUCGCUACAGCCCCGGUGGGUUACUUUUCAGAGCCGAGCUUCUGCCACUACGAGAUCAUGAUGCUGGUCAAGUGGCAUCGCUUCUUCCGGGCCAUCAGCUGCCAGGUGGACUUCGCAGUGAUUGUGGUCAUCAUUCUGUUCUGUUAUGUGAAAAUCAUGCUGGCGGCCAAGGCUGCAUCUGGAGAUAACAAGGAAUCUGCGUCAAAGGGACGACGCACGCUCCUCUUCCACUCACUGCAGCUUUUCCUCUGCAUGAUUGACAUUCUGUGCCCCUACAUCGAGACUUUCGUGCUGGAGAACAGUCCACAGAACUACCUGACCGUCCAAUUCUUGAAUUACACCAUUUUCACCAUCUUUUCAAGGGCCCUGAGUCCACUCAUCUAUGGUCUCAGGGAUCAAAAGUUUUUCAUUGUGCUGAUAUAUUAUGCCACUUGCAAGAUGAAUCGCAUUUCAGCAGAAACCUAG